GCGAGGUCUACUUGUUCUCAAAUGAACCAUGUACUGUCUCUGGACUGCGAGAUUCGGACAUAUUUCACUUCACUACAUUGUCCUUCUCUUGUGGAUUAUUAAAACAGCAGCAGGUGCGCACGAUAAGGACAGCAGUGAAGGGAGGGAGGAUAUCCAGAGGCAGUCAGAGGAAGUAGCUCAAUGGUGGGGUGAAUGGAGCAGCUGGUCCACCUGUUCCCGUACCUGCGAAGGAGGAGUGCGCUCUCAGGAGCGUCAUUGUCUGCAGCAAAGGCUGACAUCCACCCAAAACAUCAAUAGUUCAUUCUGCAUCGGAUCAUCCAAGAAGUAUCAGCUGUGUACAAACCAGCCAUGCCCAAACAGCAGAAUCAGCUUCAAACAGCACCAGUGCUCUCAAUUCAAUGCCAAAGCCUUCGGCAGGAAGCACUAUGAGUGGGUUCCACUUUAUCCGGAUGAUUACAUUAGCAUAUCCAACAAGCCAUGUGACCUGCAAUGCACCACAACCACGGUAGAAAGACAACUGCUGGUGCCUGCCCAUGACGGGACAUUCUGCAGGGACGGCAUCUACCAGGGUGUCUGCAUUGAGGGCCAGUGUCAGGUGGUGGGGUGUGAUGGGAAAUUGUACUCCAGUAAAACCAUAGACAAAUGUGGAGUCUGUGGGGGAAAUGGAGGUUCUUGUUUUCGAGUCUCAGGAUCUUACCGGAAAGGGAUCACACAGUUAGGUUACGUGUUCCUCACCAAUAUACCAUUUGGUGCCACCGAUAUUCAAAUCAUAGAGCGACGCAAGACUGAAAAUAUCUUAGCUCUCUCUGAUGAAGCUGGUCACUUCUUCUUUAAUGGAAACAGUGUGAUCGACAAUCCACAGAAUUUCCAUGUCGCUGGCACAGUCUUUAAGUACAGAAGGCCAGCUAACCUCUUCUCUGAUGGCUUUGAGUACAUCAUGGCUCAGGGUCCCACCCAGCAUGCCCUGAAUGUCAUGUAUUACAACCUCAAUGGAAAGAUGCCUCAUAUCACAUACGAGUACACGGUUCCUCGAUCUCCGGAGCCAAGAACAGCACCCCCCAUGCCCUCAACACCAGAGCAGCCUCAGUUAAGCAACCUCAUGUCCAUGACUUCCAAGGGCACCUCACUGGCGGAAAAGAAAGUUAACACCUCCUCUAUAGAGCUGUCUUUCACUCAUAAUGAAAUAGAAGGUCGUGAGGAGUAUGGAAAGAAGGGAAAUCAGAGCGCUUCGUUGGCUCCUCAAGAAAACGUGGAGUUGCGUGUGGGCCCCGAGGAGCUGUUGUGGGAACUCCAGGCCUCUGUAAACCUCAGCGGUCUGGUGUUAUUUAGACCUGCCGGUGAGGUCCUCCAGAAUGAGCUCGAUGAUGAAAUGCACCAUCUUGAGACACAAGGCAGUUUUGGUUCUGAUUCCAACUUGAUUGAUGGCGAUUCGUCUAGUUCCAGUGACUCCAAUCACACCACCACAUCAGUUCUAAAGAGUCUUAUUUAUGAUGGGAUGGCUUGGCCCCCCGGCUCCAGGCAGCCCUGUAAAGAUGAUUUAGCACUACCAGACUGUUCCAUACUCAGGCUGAACUCCAGCUCCUCUCUGGACAACAGCCUGACACUGGAGAUCUACCCCGGAAGUCUUGACAUGCACACUUCGGAUGGAGAGCUUGUGUUUGGGUCUCAUUCUGAACCCAGGACUAACGAUUCAACAAACCGGUCCAACCUUCUUCAGCUCCACCAGGUGGAGCCAGUGCAAGCCCCCCACAGCGAGAGCAAUGAGUUUGAAGUGGAAUCUUUGGAUCGUGACAUCAGCGUGGCUGACAAAUACAGAUGGAAGAUAUCUGUGUAUGCACCCUGCAGCUCCACAUGUACCACAGGUAUAAGCUCAUCUUAUGCCUUAUGUGUGAAAUAUGAUGGGUCAGAGGUGGACGAGAGCCACUGUGACUCUUUGACCAGGCCGGAGCCCACACAUGAGUUCUGCACAGGGAAAGAGUGUCCACCCAGGUGGGAAACUAGCCGCUGGAGUGAGUGUUCUAGGACGUGUGGGGAGGGCUUUCAGUUCCGGACGGUGCGCUGUUGGAAGAUGCUGGCGCCGGGAUUUGACAGCUCUGUGUAUGAUGAUCUCUGUCAGGCUCUAGAGCUACAGAAGCCCAUGACACGGAAAGCCUGCAAGAGCAAAAGCUGUGGCCCUCAGUGGGAGAUCUCAGACUGGUCUGAGUGUUCAGCCAGGUGCGGUGGUCGGGGGGUGAGGAGUCGUGAGGUGCGCUGCUCGAUGGACGGCAGGCUCUGUAACAACUCUACCAGACCAGUGAGCCAGAGAGAGUGCGAGGGGCCGCCGUGUGACCGCCGGUGGACCGUCUCUGACUGGGGACCGUGCUCAGGGCUGUGUGGGGAGGGCAGGAUGAGGCGCUAUGUGGUGUGUAAGAACAGCAAUGGGAAGGUGAUCUCUGAUGGUCAGUGUGAUCCAGAGCUCAAGCCACUGGCUGUACAUCCGUGUGGGGACAAAAACUGCCCCGCCCACUGGGUGGAGCAAGAGUGGGAACAGUGUAAUGCCACAUGUGGGCGUGGGGUGAAGAGGCGGCAGGUGGUGUGUGCGGGGCUGGAGGCUGGUGUGUUUAAAGAGUUUCCAGAGCAGAUCUGUGACAGAUCCCUCAGACCUGCGGACAUUGCAACCUGUUUUGAGAGACCGUGCUCCAAGUGGUUCACCACGUCCUGGUCGCAGUGCAGUAAAACGUGUGGGAUUGGAGUACGAGUGCGAGAGGUGAAGUGUUAUCAAGGAGAGGAGUUGGGCCAUAGCUGUGACUCCACACUGAGACCUGAAGCCAGACAGAGCUGUGAGGUGCAGCCCUGCACUACUGAAGCACCAGCUGAGGAUGCAUGUCAAGAUAAAGCGACGGCUAACUGCGCCCUUGUCCUGCGAGUGAAGUUGUGCACUCACUGGUACUACAGGAAGGCCUGCUGUCUGUCCUGCCAAAACAAGAGCCGGUAAAUCUUUCACAUACUGGUUGACGCACUGAACCCAGAACUGUACCCCAGCGGCACCCCCGCUAGAGUUUACUCUGCCUGGUGCUAGAUGAUCCCUCCAAACCCACAGCUGUCAAUCUCUUCUACAUAAAGAAAGGUGCUAUAAUAAAAGAUGUGGGCCCCUGCUGCAGGGACCCGCUAAAGGCAGCUCCUGUAACUGGACUGGGUCUAUACUGUCAGAGUGAUACUGCGUACUGUAGGCAUUACACAGCUUUACAGACCUUCCUCUGUGGAAGUCUCUGUUCUGCUCCUAC